UCUAAAAAUUCCCGUAUACGUUGCUUUCCCUAUACUUCAAAUGGCUGAUACGUAAUCUCUUUAUAGAGACAAUUAACAUAUACACAUUGCAACCAAACAACAUACCUCAACCAAGCCCAAGCUACUACAGCUAAACAGAAUCAUUCACUGCCAUUGAAGCUCCUCCAAGCUCAACUGCUCGCCCUCUUCAACCACCAUUUUUAUCCUUCUCUGUGUAACAGACAACCAAAACCCACUUCCUUUCUCUUUUUCCAGACCUGGGUUUUAUUCAAUUUCGUCUCUUUUUUUACUUCUUUUGCUCGUUAUGGAGCUACCCACUGGACCUGGACAUAGAUCCAGUCCCAUGAGACCUCAAUCUGAGGAUACUGUGUUUGAUUCUCUCCAAUUUGGCGAAGAUAUCCAGCACUUAAUCUCCGUGCCGCCGGAAAAUGCCAGCUCCUUCACUGCCCUUCUCGAGUUGCCGCCUAAUCAGGCCGUGGAGCUUCUACACUCGCCUGAUUCGACUCUCAGAACCCGAACCGUUAUCGAGACCCACCAUCAAAAACCGUAUCUACAGCCCCAGUUCAAUGCUGCGAAUUUGGCGUUUCCUACUAACAGUGGUUUGAUAGAGCGAGCCGCAAGAUUGUCGGUGUUCGCUGGUGAGAAUUUGAACAAUAUUAGCAAUAAUUCGCUGGAGACGAGCUCAGGACCGUCGAAUUCCAGUGCGAAUCUCGAGAAAGUCGUUAAGAGUGAACCCGCAGAGGCCGAAUCUGACCUGAAUCCAUCGCAGCCGUUGGUUUCCGAUCCGACGACUGUUGAGAUCGGAGCACAGAAUCAGAGGCCGGUGAAGAGGAAGGAGCGAGAGAAGAAGGGUAAAAGCUCGACAAAGAAGAGUAAAAGUUCCGGGAAUGAUAACUCUGAAGAUGCUGAGAAGCUUCCUUAUGUUCACGUUCGCGCUCGUCGUGGUCAAGCCACAGACAGCCAUAGCUUAGCAGAGAGAGCGAGGAGAGAGAAGAUCAAUGCAAGGAUGAAGCUACUUCAAGAGCUGGUCCCAGGCUGCAACAAGGUUGAGCAUGUGCAAUACAACAGGAUAGUAGCUGAAUAUGUGGUUUCAAAUUAUUAGUUUGGUGGCCACCUGCAUUUAUGUAAAUUGCAGUGCACUCACUCUGGGGAUUAGUAUGGGAGAUACUAUUAUUUGUCCCUUUGAUCCCAUUCCCUCACCCGGCCCCCGCGCCCCCCCCCCCCCAACAAAAAACAUAUAUAUACACACACAAAGAUAUAGUCUAUGUGCGCCUAAACAAUUUAAAAUCACUGCUUGAGGGUCCCAGUAUGGAAGUGAACAUUUGGAUAUGUAAGAAAAAGGAUUUGGUCAGAAGAGCUGGUGUUUGAUCUUCAUAUGAUAUUCCUCUAAGCUCUCCUCUUCUCUCACUAAAUGUUGCUUAUGUUGUUUAUGCAUUUCAUAUUGUCAAUUUCAAGCAAAUUGAAGCUGUAAUAAAUUUCAUGAAAGUUAAGGGAGUCCAUAAAUUUUAUCUAAUGUGUGCAUACCUAAAAUGCCUUGUUUUAGCCAUUCUUAAAUUUUGGUCAACUCUGGACAUUUUGAUGAAUCUUUUCAUAUCAAAUUAUUCAAGUGCAAAUUAAUCCUUUGUCAUCUAAGGAGCUGGCUUAUUGUGUCAUCAUCAAUUUCAUACCACAAACAGUGCUCAUCUCACUUGGUUUAAAUAGUUAAGAAAAAUCUUCUAUUCAUGUCUUCCUGUGAGAACUUUUGUAUACUGAUUAUAUUCUGGCAUAUUUUCUUCCUGUGAGAACUUUUGUAUAUUGAUUAUAUCCUGGCAUAUUUUUCCUGUGAGAACUUUUGUAUAUUGAUUAUGUCCUGGCAUAUGCUUCUAAAUUGUAAGGUGGUCGAGUCUUAAAAAAGGGUUAUCUUGCU